AACAUCAUCGAUAACAGUGCAUCGAAGCUCUGCCUUGUGUGCUCUUACAUUACUGGGUGCGGCGAAGACUUUUAAAUCUUUACAAAAAUGUAGUUUCGCUAUGAUGUAAAAAGAAGGUCAAGACAAUCUUGAAAACUGACGACCCAUUUCUCUGUUAAAUAAUGAAUAUAAAUGUGGCAGCAAAGAUUUUUAAAAAAAAACGCCAACAAUUUAUUUUACCAAAUAUUGUAAGACAAGAACAAUCAUGAUACUUAAAAAAUAGGAAUAAAUGUUUUAACAUAUAGCAAAUAUAUACUUAUUCUGUUGAUAACACGGAUUUAUUCGAUCAAGGCGGUGAUAUUCUAUUUGUUUAAGAAUAAAGAGGAAAGGUUUUAAUUCCUUUGAGUGGCUAUUCCUGUUCGAUAUUUUGAAUAAAUAUAUUGUCCAAAAGAAAGAUUACAAAUAAUGAGUGUUAAUAUGUUCGAUCCGGUCUUAAUCGACCGAUUGUAGUUUAGCCGAUUUAACUAGAUUAUGUAGCUUGUGGUGAGAGACGUAGAUUAUCGAGACGUUGAUUCGAUCACAGUGGAGAGUGUUUAAUAAAACAAUAUCUAAUACUUCAUCUAUAAGCAGUAUAAACAGAAUGGAAUCGAAAACAGGGGAUAUUGAUGAGCAAUGCGGGUCAAACGCCGAGAUCACAUGCCUUGCCAAGAAAGUGGAAAUUAUAAACCAUACACAGGAAUCAAUUGUGGGAUUUACUGUAUUGUCUGAUGAAAAGGUGGUUGUUUUGACCACUGAUAUGAGAUCAAGUUCGAACAUUAUGCUGUACCAAUCCAAAACAGAAGAAGGGAAACAGGAAUUUGAGUUUAAAAGGGUUAGCUUACACGGUUUUCGAUGUUCACAAUUUAAUCAACAAUUUCAUGGAACUAAAGCUAGAGCUAUUGCCAGAUUAGACUCAAACAAAAUUGUUGUUCUUUGUGACAACUGGAUCAAUGCACACGAAGGAUUCAAGAAAUGCUAUCAAAUUAAACGAUUGCCAUACGAAUGGGAGGAAGUAACAUGUACAUAUGGAACUGGGCAGCACCGUGAAUCCUUGAUCGCAGUUUUUUCCACAGAAAACGACAAACUUCAAUUCUCUUUUCAUAUGAAGAUAGGCAUGCGUUUAAAAACAACUGAUACAUCACAGCAUACAGCAAUAGCAUAUUGCAACGAAGUACUAGCGAUCCUUUUUUGCCCAUUAAAGUUGGAACUGCUAAACAUAAAAACAGGAAUUUCAGAAUCGGUGAACAUGCACUCAUUUGCCACAGAAAUGUUUCCUUUCGGAGAAGGACAACCGUUUUUGACCAUAAGCAACUCUGAUGGACAGACUCAUAUUUACAUUUCACUUGCCGCUGGAGGAGGAAUACGAAAAGUGACGAAAAUUGACACAAAUGGACGCAUUCUGGCAACAUUUGUUGAAGUAAAUUAUGUAGAACCGGGCCCGAUAGCUGCUGUUGGCGACGGAACAUUGGUGUUCGGCUACAAUUCAAAACUUCUGUUGAUGUCAGAGGACCUUAAGAUACUAGCGAAACUGAACUGUGGCCAUGGUGUCGAAGAUAUGAAUGUAAUGCAGACGGAGAAAGGCAGAUACCUGUAUUGUCUUAAUGGGAACAGAAUUACACAGUAUUCACUCCUGUAGCAAAGUACAGGAAAAAAUGAGUUCUGAUGAAGAGUCGGAAUUAUGGAAUUAAUCUUUAGAAAGCUUUAGUUCUUGAUCGUAACAGAUACACACGGUUUCAUUUUUAUUUCUGGCUAUGGGCUUGUCUCCCUAAUUUUCAUGCCGAUUGUGUUAUAACAUUCUUCAUAUAUUAUCAAUAAUCGGAUGACAUCAAUGUCAGAGUAUACUUUUUUAUUCUAAUCUUUUCCUCUCUUUCCUUAAAAAAAAACAACUAAAAUAUCUAAUUAUAUAAUUAUGACUUUGAACAAAGUCAAAUUAAGCAUUGAUUUUUUUUAAAAAACAUGAGAUUUAAAUAUACAUAUACUUUUAUUAUUAUGUAAAGUUUCCUUAGCCGCAUAUGAACAAUGAAAGAUAUAAUGAAGAUUCUGUAUUAUUACAUGUAUUUUCCGGUUUCAGUUGGUCAAUCCGGAAUACUGGCAAACUGUAUUCCUUCUUUAUCAACAACAACAACACCAACAAUUACUUAAAGGAUGUAUACCUAAUUUGUAUAUACAGUAUUUUAUAAAAACUUGCAGGCUUUUAAAAGGAGAAAAAAAAAUCAAAAGUCGGCUUGGCCGUACGGAUAAUGGUUAUACCAAUUUGGAAAAGGCAUCCAAACGGACGACCAACGGUCGUUAUUGCUCAGAAAUGUCAGUACGGGGAAGUAUUCCAAUGGGAAGAACAUAACUUUUUUAUAUAUUUGAAAAUAUUAAUUACAGCUAUAUUUCUACGCUUAACCAUUUAGUAUGUCACGUUCAGUGGAUUCUAUUUGUGUGUUCUUCUAAGCCAUUGGAACCAAAAUAAUCAACGAUAUUAAAUAUUCUUAAAUAUAUAUUUUUGCUUAAAUAAAAUACUCUUGUUUCAUGCUAAACACGUUUGAAUAAUUUUCUUGGUGGUAUUUGAUUUUAAUUUUGGUUAGAAAAAUGAAUAAACAGCAUGACACAAGUUGGAAAAAAAACUUAAUGUCAAAUUAUUGUACUAGUUCAUGAAUUCAUAUUGACCAUCCUAACCUUAUACUAUAUUUGUACGCACAUCAACAUCACUGUAAUGACGUCAUGGCGUCGUUAUUUUUAUGACGUGGUUUAUUAUAUUUUACAAAAUUUAUUAAUCAGAUGAAGAGAAAAUAAUUUUGAAGAAGGUGUGUGUCUUCUAUUUUGAUCAUCAGCUUCGCCAUGCUUGGUAGAGUUAAUAUUUGCUCACUGUUUUCUGUCUCAGUUCAGGUAUUCGUUAAAUAAUUUCGUUGAAAAGUUUUUUAACAAAUAGUAAUCAACAUCAUUAAAACAUAACAAAAAUAACAGAGAAGAUUGGAUAUAUAUGAUGAACUAAGUGCUCUUCUUAUAUGACCUAUAAAUAGACAGUCUCUCAUUGAUCGAACGUGAUCGUCGACAAAAAUAUAAAUCAUACUUCAUCCUCCAUAAUCUGAGCUGGGUUUUAAGAGGGUGUACUUAGCUUAACGAGACUGCGUGGCGGUGGCUUUUUUGAAGUCAGUGCAGCAAAUUGCAAUUUUCAUUUUAAAAAAUGAAUUUCAACGUGGACCCGUGUUGACAGCACAGAAAUCGUUGAGUGAUGUAAUGGUUCUGUGCACAGGGGGAAAAAAAAAAAUUUUCUUAUAUGUAUAUAUAAUGACAAUGAGUUGUUUACAUGUACCUGUAGAUAUCAGUUAUUUUCAUAUACCUGACAAUAUGAGUUGUUGACAUGAAACUGUAGGUAUGAGUGGCUUAUCAGUAAAUGACAAUGUGUUGUUCAUGAAUAUAUGUUGACAAUAAGUUCUUUACAUGUACCUGUAGAUAUAAGUAGAUAUAAGUUCAUUUCAUGUACCUGAUGAUAUGACUUGUUGACAUGAAAUUGUUCACAUAAGAUGCUUACAUGUAUAUGAAACUGUGUGUUGUUAAUUAAUAUAUGAUGACAAUGAGUUGUUGACAUGCACCGGCAUAUAUCAGUUAUUUUCAGUUAUUUUCAUGUACCAGACAAUAUAAGCUGUUGACAUUAAGUGGUAGAGAUGACUUGCAUACAUGUAAAUGAAAGUGUGUUUUGUUGAUAUGUAUAGGAUGAAAAUGAGUUGUUGAUAUACACCUGUAGGUAUCAGUAACAUGUAGAUUUCAAUUAUUUACAUGGAACUGACAAUAUGAGUUGUCAAUAUACAGCUGACAAUAUGAAUUGUUAACAUGCAGCUUUGAAAAUGAGUUGUGAACAUGAAUCGGACAUUAAAAAGUGCUCACAUAUAACUGACAAUAUCAGUUGUUCAUAUUUUCAUGUCUGCACGAGGCUGUCAAUAUAAAUGUUCACAUUUGAGUGUUAAUGUGUAUGUCUUGAGAUGUUCAUUUAGAGUUGAUGAUAGGAUUAAUUAACAUGUAGGUGUCUGUACGAGUUGUUCACAUGCAGCUGUCUGUAUGACUUGUUCACCUGUAACUGUAUGUACGACUUGUUCAUCUGCAACUGUCUGCAUGAUUUGUUCACAUGUCCUGUAUGUAUUUACGUAACUGAGUUUUUCAUAUGUAUCUUUCUGUGUCAGUUGUGUACAUAUAGCUGUAUGUAUGAGUUGUUUCCAUGUAAGUGCAUAUAUGGCUUCUUCAUAUAUAACUGUAUGCAUGAAUUCUUAAUAUUGAAUUAAAUGUAUGAGUUGUUUAUAUGUAGCUGUCUGUAUGAGUUGUUCACAUGCAGCUGUCUGUAUGACUUGUUCAUCUGUAACUGUAUGUACGACUUGUUCAUCCACAGCUGUCUGCAUGAUUUGUUCACAUGUAUCUGUAUGUAUGAGCUUUUCAUAUGUAUCUGUCUGUAUCAGUUGUUUACUUGUAGCUGUAUGUGUGAGUUAUUUCCAUGUAACAGCAUGUAUGGGUUCUUCAUAUAUAACUGUAUGCAUGAAUUCUUAUAAUUGAAUUAAAUGUAUGAGUUGUUUAUAUGCAGCUG